AUGAGGUACGAGCGCAAAGGGGGAGUCCGAGAAGGAGUGAAAGUAGAUGAGGAUGAGGAUGAUGGAGACAGGGAUGAGGAUUGGGAGGAUGCGCCCACAACUUUCAGCCAUGCAGGGCUCGAGUAUGAAUUUGCAAAUGAGUAUGAGAAUUCAGAAUGCACAGGCGUCUCCCACCUUGUCCAUUCUUGGCAGAUGCAAGGUCAUCAAGGAAAGGAGAGUCCAUUAAAACCAUCAGCCGACAUGCUUCGCAAUGCACAAGUUGCUCUUGCUGUACAGUGGUAUAUGAAGCGAACAUCCAAGUUGGCCCUAAUGCUUGGGGAGAUGUUCAGAGUGGCAUACACAGAUGAUUUUGAGAUCUAUCAAAAGGCCUUUGAGGCAGGUGUCUGGGAGGUGGCAGAUCCAGGCCCCUGGCUGGGGCGUGCAAUUGUCUGGAAGCUGAAUGUCUUACCUCAUCGUGAUGGGCUGGACGGUGGCCCUACUGCAAUAUUUUGCUUGGGCCACUUUUCAGGGGGUGAGGCCUACCUAACAGAUCUCAAGCUCAAACUUUGGUAUCGUCCAGGCGAUGUGCUUAUUUUUAGGGCUGGAGACCUCUAUCAUGCUGUUGGCCCUUGGAAGGCUGAAGGAGGUGUUACUUCACGGGGCAUCACACCUGGCCGCAUUGGAAAUGUUUUUUUUUCACCAGCUCACUCUCUUCGUGCCCUGAAAAACAGGAAAGCUGGUUGGAUGAGACAUACUGCUGGAGGCGUCUUACCCAGCUCUGAGUCUUAG